CGGAAGGCAGAUAGUCACGUGCUUCAUCAUGUGGGGCCAUGAAAUCAGAGCCAUGGCGUCCACUCACGCCAUCAUCGCCGCCUCGGUGUUCAUGGCCACCGUUCUACCUGCGGCGCUCGUGCGCGGCUUCUCGGUGUACGGCACUCACCUGCUGUGGCUCUACUCGGUGUCCGGUGCGGUCACCGCGGUCAGUGUCGCCGUCUUCUGGCUGCUCGGCAUCACGCCGCCCACCAAGAAGCACACAGUGGGAUACAAGCUGUCUCGGUUGUUUCGUUCCUGUCUGUACUUCUUCCUGUCGUGCCUGUUCUUCCACACUGUGGUUGUUCUCUAUGGAGCGCCGAUGAUUGAAUCCGCCUUGGAGACUUUCUCCCUAGCUGUGCUGCUGACCUCUUUAACCACACUGAGGUGUCUCUGUGUCCACGGCCCUAAUGUCCAGGCCUGGAUACGAGUAUUCAGCCGGCACGGAGCUAUGUCUGUGUGGGACACCUGUCUACAGAUUACAGUGGCCUGCACUUUGAUAGGAGCCUGGGUGGGAGCCUUUCCUAUACCUCUGGACUGGGACAGGCCUUGGCAGGUUUGGCCUGUUUCCUGCAGUCUGGGCGCUACGAUCGGCUUCCUGACCGGCCUUGUUGCAGCACCCGCGUGGAUCCACUAUCAUCGCAAACACCUCACGUACAAGUGCAAGUGACGGACAGACGUGUGCGUUUCUGUGUUUGUGACCGCGAGGGUAUUUCUCGUAUUCCUUUAACUUUGUACCGGUUAUUUAUUGGGAGCAUUCUCUCCUGUUGCUGCCUGUAAAAGAGGACUUUGUAACAACACGAGACGGUUAUGAGCAAGAUGUACGCAUGGAGGCUCAAUAUGUUCCUGAAGGUUUUUUUGACAUGAAUGAAGCAAUACUUCUUUAUUGGAUUUUUUUUGAUUAAAAGGUUGGAAAUGUUCUCAACAUCAGUCGUUGGAGUGAUUGAAUCCAAAAAUGAUUGAACCUGUAGGUGGUGCUGUUGCAUCACUGUGUGUGUGUGUGUGUGUGUGUGUGUGUGUGUGUGUGUGUGUGUGUGUGUGUGUGUGUGUGUGUGUGUGUGUGUGUGUGUGUGUGUGUGUGCGCGCGCGCGCAACGAGUUUAAAUGAAGAGAAGAAAUCAAGCCUCACUCUCAUUGGGCAAAGUAAUCAGUAUUAUAGUUGGGUGGUCAUUUAUUGAAAGAGUCGUGACGGAAAGUUAAAGACAAAGUGUAAACUCGCUGCAGCGUGUACUUCCAUCCUGACACAGACACACACACACACACUGUAGCCUUUCUUCACCUGCAAGCUGACUACUGAUGAAUACUGUUCCUUAUUAAACAGCCAUUAAUCUCGCUCCAACUCCAUUUCAACUCCCCCUCCUUCUCAUUCCAGCUUUUCACAUCCUCAGGCCACCGUAUCGAUUCACUUUCAUUUUAGGGACAUUAAUUUUCCUCCUUUCAUGCCGCUCGCAUCUCUUAUUCUCGCCUGGAAACCACAAUGAAGCUUGCAUUUUCUGCAUCGCUGUGUCAAACUAUGAAGUAAAUGAGGGAUGUUGUUUGCAGACAGAUGUUUGUAAUACAAAUCCACUCCCGUAAUUACAUGCAGGAAAACAUAUAAUUUGCAGUGUGAGUGGGAUUGGUGGACAUGGUUCUGCACAGUCAGGGGCAUCUGUCCAUUCACACUGUGUUUGAACUGUUACAUAAGGUUAGUUGCUUGGGAAAGGCAGAGAAAAAUAGCCUGAAGGAGAAAAGAGGGAAAAAAAUGCAUUUUCAAAACCUAUAUAGGGGAGAGUGAGAAGCCCACAUGCACUUAUGACACCAAUCAGCACACCUUGUUCCUCCAACUGUUACAUCCAUUAUCCUUGUUUUCCGGUCUUUUUCUCCAACACCUUCUCCAGAGGGCCCCCGGAGAGCAAAGGGUGUCACUGAUUUCAUCUCCAGCCAGCCUGUGGGGUGUGUCAUCACACUGGGCAUGUCACAUCUAGUGAUUUUUGUUGCAAUUCGUUUUCUUUGUUCUAUAUGGGCUGUUCUAAAUCGAUUUAGUGGGAGGACAGACAUCUGUAUGGAGUUGCUUUGUUCGAGUGCUCGACUUUGCGAGAGGUGCUUUCAUCUGCGAGACAAGGAGAAGGCCGUUCGCUCCCGACGCAAAAAGCUACUGCUUCACAAAACACCCUCCCUGUUGAAUCUCAGAGAACUUUAUUUAUUCAUUGUUCUCGGGCUUUGUGAGGAGAGGUAAUUUGUCACUCCUCCAGCCCUCUUCUCUCCCCAGCCUUUCCUGCAAGGCUGUUGUUGAAGGCACGGCAGAGCUGUUGUGUUUCUGCAGAGUGAUAUAUUUUGAAUUAAGACGCAUCCUCUGCUCUCUGUGGUGUAGCACCCAAAAUUAAACCUGGAUGAUCAAUAUUCUUUCGGGGGAGCAUUGAAUCAAAUAACCGUGCAAACAUAUUCCUCAGGCUGCAGGGAACACAACACCCAGCUCUGCAGCUUCUUUAGCUACCAUCUUGGUUUUACAUCUUGCAAAUUAACUGUUAGGUUCAGUCUCCUGACUCACACUGUGUUACCAUGAAUUCGUGAAGAAAACCUUUUUUUGCAUUGCUCCACGGUGCACGGAGAACCCCAAAACAGAGAAAACAAACGUAUUUAUUUAUUCAUAACAUUAUAUUGGAAAUUGGAAAACAAUACCUAUUUUCAAACUAAUUUUUCAUUCUGACUCCACCCAAAAGCCAGAGUACUAAACCAAAAUAGAAAGUGAUUUUCCUAGAAUAAAAGACAAAAAGUAGUAAUACACCAAUGUGAUCAGUGUGCCUCAGCACUGAUCACAUUGGUUUCUUCAACAUUUCGUUUUCGCAUCCGUGCCCCUCUUGAGGAAAUAAUUUUUCUGCUUUUUUACACAUACUUUAUGACAUUUUCUCAUCUUGAUGCAGAGGCACUCUAGUCCCUGAGACUCAUUUUCUCACUGCUGUCUGGGUGCAGUAGCCUAAUACCUUACAGUCUCCUAACAUUGUAGUCAAAUAUAAAUUUGUGAACAAACUGCAGACAAAAUAUAGGAUUUAGGAAAUAUAGGUUUCAUCGUAUACUCAUCCGGUACUGCUGAGAAUGGCUGUGAAGAGGGAUUGCAUUAACCCGACAUGUCACACCCAUCCGCCACAUAACCUUCUCCUCACACUCAUCCACCCCCUCCUCACACACCACUUGCUUCCUGUGUUUUGUCUCUCCCUUUCCCCCAGUUUCCUGUGUGUGUGUGUCUCUGUGUGUGUGUGUGUGUGUCCCCUCUCCUCAUUAACAGUUGGAGUGCUGGGUUAUGAAUGGUAAACAUGUUAUUGCAGAGCUAUCGGGUCUCUCCUGUCAGGUAGGAGAGAAAACAAAAGGAUCCAUUGUGACUGAAGUGGGUUGUCGUGAUGCAAGAAGGAUGGAGGGGUGGAUUUAAGGUUUCAUAUUCAUGAUGAAAGGCAGGUAUGAAGUUUAUUAUCAAAACAAGAUAUUAGGUGCAUCUCAUGACAAGUAAAUGUGAGCACAUAGUGAGGUCCACACUGAAAUAUCUCAACAACCAUUUGAUGGAUUGCAAAAACAUUACGUUUCCCCCCACGGUAUGAACAGUAAACAUUGUUGGCGAUCCUCUGACAUUUCCUCUUGCGCCAUCAUCUUGCCGAUAUUGUAAUUCAUGUCAAAUGUCAAAUACUUCGCUGUAUGUUCAAACACGCACAA